GGAUGAGCUUGUCGCCUUCUGAAUUUUCUAUGGUGACGAAAUAACCUGGCGACUCGGCUCGACUUGGGAUUCGAUUCCACUCCACCCUCCACCCUCGACAAUCCUGCCCGCCUCUCCCCGACAAUGCGCCUGUCUGGGCUAUAAUCUGGCAGCAGCAACCACGACUUGGACCUUGUAUCUUUCUUUCUCGGAGCAGGUCGAACACACCCCUCCACCCCCACAUCCACAGGUCAUCCAUCAUGCUCUCACGGGCAGCCCUGCGCCUGGCCCAGUCGGGUGCUGCGUCAAGAUGGGUCUCUGCCGCACCCACCCGCAGAGCCCUGCCUGCAUUGACAACGACGUCGAUAAUAUGGAGUAGGGGCAUGGCCAAGGACAACAAACCAUCUUCGCGAUUCGGGCCCUCGUCAAAUACACCCCAAAAACCAGCCAAGCCAGAACAGCAGCCCGCCCCAGAACAACCAAAGGCUGUCGAGCCCGAACCUGCGAAGCCUGUCGAGCCAGCCGCCGACAAGACCCCCGAGGCCCCCGAGAAGCAGAUCCCCCUGUCUGAGCUUCCCGACCUUACGCAGGGUAUCCCGUCCACCUUUGCCUUCGAGCAGGCCGCCGCCAACGAGAAGGCCGCGUUGGAGAGGGUCGAGGAGGAUGCGCCCACAAGCCCAGGCGGCGGGCGUGGCAAGGGCGAGCUGCCUGCCUCAGCAUACAUAUCCUCCACCGAGAAGCGCCGCCAACGGUUCGCAAACUACAUGUUUGCCGGCGCCCUCGCCGGUAUGGUGGGCGGCGUCGUCUAUCUCGGCCGGAACUGGGACGACGAGGAAGAGGGCAAGCACCCAGAGGUCCCCAACGGCUGGGGCCUCGGUCUCUGGUGGAACCGCGCCUCGACGCGCAUGAGCGAGGUACUGACCUACUACCACGAGCCUGCCUUCGAGAAGCUGCUGCCCGACCCAGACCCCAUGUUCGAGCGGCCAUACACGUUGUGCAUCAGCCUCGAGGACAUGCUUGUGCACAGCGAAUGGACCCGUGAGCACGGCUGGCGGCUGGCCAAGCGCCCUGGCGCCGACUACUUCCUGCACUACCUCAGCCAGUAUUAUGAGCUUGUCCUCUUCACCUCGGUGCCUUUUGCCAUGGGUGAGCCUCUCGUGCGCAAGCUAGACCCUUACCGAUUUAUUGUCUGGCCGCUGUUCCGAGAGGCCACCAAGUAUAAGGAUGGUGAGAUUGUAAAGGAUCUCGCCUACCUGAACCGAGACCUCUCCAAGGUCAUCAUGAUCGACACGAACCCACAGCACGUCAAGGCCCAGCCCGAGAACGCGAUCGUGCUCCCCAAGUGGACCGGCGACCCCAAGGACACGGAGCUGGUGUCGCUGAUCCCCUUCCUCGAGUACAUCCACACGAUGCAGUACAGCGACGUGCGCAAGGUGCUCAAGUCGUUCGAGGGCAAGCACAUCCCGACCGAGUUCGCGCGCCGCGAGGCCAUCGCGCGCGCCGAGUUCAACAAGCAGCUCGAGGCCGAGCGCCGGAGGCACCCGCACCGGGGCCAGAGCGGCAUGGCGGCGCUGGGGGGGCUGUUCGGCCUGAAGCCGCAGAACCUGAGCGUCAUGGUGCUGCCCGAGGGCGAGCAGGACCCGGCGACCGCGUUCGCGCAGGGCAAGAUGCUGCAGGACAUUGCGCGCGAGCGCGGGCAGAAGAACUACGAGGAGAUGGAGAAGAUGAUCCGCGAGAACGGCGAGAAGUGGCUCAAGGAGGAGGCCGCGCUGCAGGAGGCCGCGCAGAAGGAGGCCAUGAACAGCAUGAAGUCCUCCUUCACGGGCUGGUUCACGCCCGGCCCCGGCGGCGCGGGCGGCGACGGGUCGGACAAGAAGCCGUGAUAUGAUGACGUUCAUAAUCCCCUGACCUCUGGGCUGUGAUAUUACAUACAGCCUUUGGGGUGUGGCUCUCACCGCUCUAGUCCCGUCCCGCCCGCUGCCCCUAACUCUCUUCUCUACCUAGAUAGGUUCGCGUCACACACGUACUUGGUCUUUAUCGUUUGCUGGCGGCGGCAUCUGCAUAGGAGUACUGUACUGACUGGGCGGCCUCGUUUUCAGUGAGGCUUUCGCGUGUUUCUGUUUCACACAUAAUGAGGUAAACCCAUCUUCCACAUAGGUGGUUUUUCAUAUGCCGUGAGGUGGGGGGGGGUUCUGAACGGAUCAAAAAUAUGUAGACUACUUUGCUCCAUAGAUGAUGGGCCGAUAUGGUCGGCCGUGUACGAAUUUGAGGAUAUCCUGACAA